CUCGUUUGAACGCGCCGAGCGGAAGGGAAUGAACUGGUUUCGAAUUACAACGAGACGGUGAUCGGGCAUUCAGCAACUAAACUUUUUGUUCCGAGUUGCUGACCGUAGCGUGGUAGUGAGGCAGGGAGCAAGAGAAGCGGGAGGUUUGCGUCGUGUCCGAGGAGGACCUGGAAAGGACGGAUUCCCUCUCCCAGGAGGCUGUGCGACCAGCGGUCAAGUGGCGGGGGGUUGGGGAUGGUGUCGCGGGCAGUUGUUGUGGCCCUCCUGUCUCUCCUCCUCCUGCCCGAGGCCAGCACCACCUCCGACCCUCUAUCCUGGGAUGAGAAUGGUUACAUCCUCUACUGUCCCUGUAUGGGUCGAUUCGGAAACCAGGCUGACCACUUCCUGGGCUCGCUGGCCUUCGCCAAGAUGCUGAACCGGACACUGGUGGUCCCUCCCUGGGUGGUCUACCGGCACCACACCCCUCCGUACACAAACGCCCAUGUUCCGUUCUCGGAGUAUUUCCAGUUGGAGAGGCUGCAGGAUUUUCACCGGGUGGUCAGCAUGGAGAGAUUCAUGGAGGAGCUGGCGCCUCAGCACUGGAAGCCCGGCCAGAGAGUGGCUUACUGCUUUGAGGCUGCUGCCCAGCGCAGCGCCGAUCGGUCCUCCUGCCCCAUGAAGGAUGGGAACCCCUUCGGGCCGUUCUGGGACCACUUUGGCGUGGAGUUUGACCGCUCGGAGCUCUUCAGCGGGAUAACCUUCAGCUCCUAUUACAAGGCCCAGUGGAUGGAGAGGUUUCCAGCGACUGAGCACCCGGUGCUGGCCCUCCCCGGGGCUCCGGCCCAGUUCCCCGUCCUGAGUGAACACCGACGUCUGCAGAGGUUCGUGGUCUGGGCCGAGAGGUUUGCACAGGAGGCGGAGGGGCAGAUCAAGUCCCUGCUUCUCAGGCCCUACCUGGGCAUUCACCUGCGUGUCGGAGUGGACUGGAGGAAUGCCUGCAGCAUGGUGAAAGAGGGCACGGCUGGCCCCCACCUCAUGGCAUCCCCACAGUGUGUGGGUGACCACCAUCACUCAGCCCACCCUCUCACCAUGGAGAUGUGCCUGCCCAGCCUGGCCGAGAUCAAGCGGGCAGUGGGGACCUGGGCGCACGCCAUCGGCGCCCAGUCUGUCUACAUCGCCAGCGAUUCAGAGCCCUACACCGAGGAGGUCAAGGAGGCUGUGGGCCGGAAGGUCCGUGUGAUCCACCGCCCCUCCCAGUUGCCACAGACUGACCUCUACAUCCUGGCCCAGGCUGACCACUUCAUCGGGAACUGCGUCUCCUCCUUCACCGCCUUCGUCAAGCGAGACCGGGACGUUCACCGGCGCCCCUCCUCUUUCUUCGGCCUGGACCACCCCCCCUCGCCCAGGGACGAGCUCUGAACCAGCGGUGUGGAUGGAGACGGGUGGAGGAAUGGGGUGAUGGGGGGGGUUGCCAGGGCAAACCCCUCACACUCACAACACCUCAGACCCCAGAAGUGACAGCGGGGGUGGGGGUGUUGGUGACUGGCCUACCUGUGUCCUGGGAGAGGGGGGACCUGGCAAUACCCCCACUACCUCCCCUCUGCCUUUUGCCCCAGCUGAAAGAAAACAUCUGUGCGGAGGUCGGGGGGGGGGCGAAGAAACUUGGACCAACACAGGGUCAACCAUUGGAUGGGUGUCACCCACCUUUGACUCUCCCCUCCCCAGCCUACCUCCUCCCUUCAGUUGUUGCUCUUAUCUCCUCUCCCAUCAUUCCCUUCUCAUCCAACCCCAUUCCCCCCCCCGCCACACACACACACACACACAAUUCCAGCUAUGGGCCAGGGGGGUGGGUCCAUCAACCCCGCUGGAGACGGGAGUGAUGGCCAUUAUGCAUUGGUCCACUUGGAGCACAGCUGAGAGCCCGUGUGUGUACCUGCCCCAAAGGCACUGACCUACAGAAUUACAGGGGCACCAAGCUUUUCAAAUAAACUCCUGUCUUCUCUCUGUUA